AUGCCCGAGACCAAUUCGUUCGCCAUCCAAGGAUAUAAUCUUUCAAAGCUUUUGAAAAGACUGGAAGAUGCUACCGCGAGACUGGAAGACGUGACGCUAUAUCAAGAGGGCUACAUCCAGUCUAAAUUACAGGCAACUGAGAAGGGAACUGCUGGCCAACUGCAAGAAUUGGGAACUCAAGGUCAGCUUUCAGGACCUUCAGGUGCCAAGGAGACAUUACCCAGUACUGGUGCAUCAGCAGGUCUGAAAUCAGACGUGAAGAAAGAAAAGACAGAAGGAGCGACUGAGACUGAACCAAUAUCCAUAAAGGAGCUCUCGACACUCAUUAGGACGACCAUCGAACCUCUUUCCAAAUUGUCAGAGGAAAUCGACCCGCUGGUUGGAGAGUCAAUACACUAUUUUCUGGGGGCUUUUGAAGCCGAACUUGAAUUCCUUAAGGCUGCCGUUGUUUCCAAAAAGCCCGAUUACGCGUCAGAUGCAUUUGCGAAGGCUUUGAAACCAAUCAACGAAAAAAUCUUGGCGAUAGGAUCUUUGAAGGAUAAGAACCGUCAAAGCAAAGUUUUUGCAUAUCUCAAUGCUGUCGCGGAGGGCGCACCCCUUUUUGGGUGGAUUGGUACGGACACACCGGUUCAAAUGAUUGCCGAUUUCAAAGAUGCCGCUCAGUUUUGGACUAAUAGGGUUUUGAAAGAAUUCAAAGCUUCCGAUCCUCACAGUGUCGAAUGGGUUAAAAGGUUCCUAGCAACUUUCGAUGAACUCAAAGCUUAUGUUAAGCAGUACCAUACCACUGGUCCCUCUUGGAGCACUAAGAAUGGAAUUGAUUUUGCUGACGCGUAUGAAUCUGUUAUCAAUGGAGGAGAAACAUCAGCGUCGAAGCCAGCGGCUGCUGCUUCUGCUGGCAGCGCAGGUCCUCCGCCACCACCUCCACCUCCGGCCCCACCAUCAUCAGUGUUUGAAGUUGAGAAAGAUUCUGAGGAAAAGGGCGGCAUGAACGCCGUUUUUGCACAGUUGAAUCAAGGUGAGGAUAUCACUCAUUCCCUAAGGAAAGUUGAUAAGUCGCAGCAAACACAUAAGAACCCUGAACUACGUGCAAGCUCGGGGGUACCUUUGGCGAAAACGCCACCCCCAAGGCCAAAAAAACCCAACACUCUGAAGACCAAGAAACCGGCCAGAAAAGAAUUGGUCGGUAACAAAUGGUUUGUGGAGGGAUUUGACAAUGAGGCCGCUCCGUUGGUCAUUGCAGCCAGCAAAGAUGAGUCUGUUUACAUUGGCGACUGCACCAAUACUCUCGUUCAAAUCAAGGGCAAAGUUAACGCCGUUACUUUGAGUGGGACACUUGGUUGUAGCGUUGUUUUGGACAGUAGCAUUUCAGGUAUGGAUAUUAUUAAAUCCGCUAAGUUUGGAGUGCAGAUAGAGCAAUUCAUUCCUCAGAUCAGCAUUGAUAAGAGUGACAACGGUAACAUUUACUUGAGCAUGGAAUCUUCAAAUUCAGAGAUUUAUACUUCUAGUUCAACAGCUGUAAACGUGAAUCUGCCAAUUGGGGAUGAUGGUGAUUAUGUUGAGUUUCCAAUUCCCGAACAGUUGAAGCACACCUUUGCGGAUGGCAAAAUGAAAAGUACCGUCUUUGAACACGCAGGUUGA